AUGGACAUCAGCCAUGACGCAAGAGGCCAGGAAACCCAGGAGAUGGGAAAUCCUGGCCAACUACUGCAUCACAUCUUUGAACACCAAGCGUCUAAGAGCCCUGAGAGUUGUGCCUUGGAAUUCUUUCCCCAGGGCCGUCUCACCUACCACGAGCUCAACAGCCGGUCCAACUCUCUGGCACGCUUCUUGCGUGAGAAGCAACUCCCUGGUAGAGAUGUCGUUGCUCUCUCCUCGGAGAAGUCGCCGCUGCUCGUCGUUGCGGUGCUGGCUGUCCUCAAGGCUGGCAUGGUUUGGAUACCACUGCCCGCCGAUGCAACAGAGGAUCGGAUCCAGUACAUCUUGGAGACUUCUGAGGCCGGCCUCAUCUUGAACUACACUUCCAAUACACCCUCUAUCAGAACUGGCUUAGAUGUCAUCCACCUGAAUGAGAUGUUUCAAGAUGACAGCCCCUUACCCUACACUACGACAAACCUAGAUCUUGACUCUCGCUCCGAGAGAGAUCUCUGUCACAUUCUCUUUACCUCUGGCUCGACGGGAAUCCCCAAGGGUGUCAUGAUUGAGCAUCGAGCUGUGAAGCACAACGCCCUAGAGCUCACCAAGAUGUUCAACCUCGAAUCAAACACGCGAACUUUACAAUUUGCAGCACCUACGUUCGAUAUCUUUGGACUUGAUCUCUUCAUGACGUUUGCCUGUGGGGGAUGCCUGGUCAUGGCUCCUCGUGAGCUCAUCAUGGAAGACAUGACUGAGUCCUUGCUCAAGAUGAACAUCACCUACACACAACUUACCCCAACCGUCAUUCAGACCAUUGCCCCCGAGAGAGUGCCAAACCUCCGCGUUUUGGCGAGUUCUGGAGAAGCUCUGCCUCAAUCAUUGGCCGAUCGGUGGAGGCAUAACGUCAAGUUGUUCAACGCCUACGGACCAACUGAGACCAUUGUCUGCACCGUCGAGGACCUCAGCAAAAACAAGGACAUCGAUGCGUCAUGUGUGGGCCGCCAAGUCCAUGGGCUCGAUGUACGGCUUUUGGCUGGUGAUGAAGCGACACCAGUUCCUUUCGGUGAAGUUGGAGAGAUUUGCGUGGCAGGUCCUCAACUUCUGCGGGGAUACUUGUCAAGCAAGGGCCAGUUUGAGGCUCCCGAGUACUACGUCGACGGUGUGAGAUUUUACCGGACGGGUGAUCUCGGACGAUCAGAGCUCUCCAAAGCUGGAGUUCGCACCAUCAGACUCAUCGGUCGCCGAGAUGCUGAGGUCAAGCUUCGCGGUAUCCGAAUCGACCUAGCUGAAGUCGAGCGGUCCAUUGUGACCUGCCCGCAAGUGGAUAAGUGCGUCGUGGUCAUGCCUCGAAGUGGGAGUUCUUCGGGGAGUCUCUCGACCUUUGUCGUGUUGAGCAAUGUCCCUGAUGCACAUGGCACAGAAUCCUCUUUCGCCACAGACCUGAUCCCACUGCUUGGGCCUUCUGAAUGGACUUGCUCCAUUCUCGGGGAGGUCAAGAAGGUGGCGUCAAAACAGCUGCCUUCUCUUACCAAGCCAAAAAUGUGGUGGCCUAUCAGAAGGAUACCGUUAACCUCCAGUGGCAAGGUCGAUCGUUUCCAGCUACGGUCUUGGCUGGAACAAUUGCAAGAAGACGUCCUUCUCGAACUCAUCCAAGGCUAUGGCUCCCAGGCGGUGGAUCACACUCUUGAAGCUAGUGCUGAGGAGAAGCAGUUUCAGGCCAUAUGGGCAGAGGUCCUCCUUCGCCCUGCCUCAGCCAUCCCCGUUACGGACUCUCUCGCAGACCUUGGCGCGGACUCACUCGAUGUGAUUCGAAUGGCUAGCAAGUCAAGAGACGUCGGAAUUGAAUUCAACGCUGCAGACAUCUUCUCGGCAAAGACAAUCCGAGAACUUGCCAAGAUAUGCAGGCCUACAGAUGAGAAGCCAACAUCGACUCAAGUCACAGCACCGCCCCCUUACCGACAAUUCAGCCUCCUUUCUCCAAACACACCUCUGGCACCCUUGAUACAAGAUGUGGCUGAGAUGUGCUCAAUCCCAGUCGCCGACAUCGACGACAUUUAUCCUUGCACACCCUACCAGACAGCGCUCAUGGCCUUGGACAUCAAGUGUCCUGGCUCAUACAUCUGUGCCUUCAGUUGGUCUCUUCGUCAUGAUGUCGAUCCUGCUGGUCUUCAACGUGCUUGGGAUACUCUGAUGAGCUCUCAACCAGCACUGCGAAAUCGUCUCAUCUGGGAUGUCGAUGAACAGCAGUUCUUGCAAGUCCAAGUUCGGCAUCGUCCAUCCAAGUGGAGCGAGUCUCUUUACGAGGCAGACAUGUCCCUAGGCUCUGAUCUUUGCCGCGGAUUGACCCUAUGGGAUGAUAGCCGACAGCAGUGGACGUUCCACCUCAAGAUCCACCAUAGCAUCAUUGAUGGGUGGUCCUUGCAGUUGAUGCUCAACCAGCUGAAGAGGAUAUACUUUGGUGAAGAGGACAAGACGUUGGGUGGUGCUGCCUACUCGCACUUCGUGCAACAUCAGCUUUGGGAGCGAGAAGUCAUGCGAACUGCUUCGGCCCAGUUCUGGGCAGAAUAUCUUGACGGUUACGAGGGCGUUGAGUUUCCACCCGAACCACAAGAUCCACAUCACGACGUCCACGCGACAGAUCACCAGUCGCUCACAGUGAUACUCAAGCUCCAAGAUCUGGCCUCUAGAUUCGGCGUGACGCCAGCUGUCAUUCUGUAUGGCCUCACUGCACUGAUACUGGGCACGCACGGUGAUACCGAGGAUGUGUCCAUGGGCUUGAUCUUAGCAGGAAGAGAUGCGCCUGUUGGCGGAGUGUUUCACAUGAUUGGUCCUGCCUUUGCAUGUGUUCCUUUCAGAACUCGUCUCGAUCAUCAGAUGUCUUUACAAGACUUCUUCCAGCGAGUUCACGCCCAGAUCCUCGCCAUCAACCCCCACCAGCAGUAUGGUCUUGAGCAUAUUAAGAAGUGCGGCCCGGGAGCAGCCACUGCUUGUCAACUCAAGACUCUCGUCGUCGUGCAGCCUGAAGAUGAGCGACUGGCUGGCGAAGGACUCUGGGCCGAGGUCCACGGUCAAACCUCAGGCCUGGCCGAUAGCAUCCCCUUCUCUCUUGAGUUGGUGCUGGCAGACGACAAGGUCUUGAUCAACUGCAAUUCGGACCCAGCUGUUCUAUCUCUACAACAUGCUCAAAUGGUGACUGGUCAUCUGAAGCGAGCUCUUGAGAGUCUUUCGGAUCUUUCUACGGAACAAACUCUCAGAGAUAUUCAGAUGUCGCCCGAGAACCAGGAUCAGCGCAUGCUGGAGUGGAUCGAGUCUUAUGGGCCUGCAGUCGAUGUUUGCUUGCAUGAUCUGCUGAAGAAGUCUGCCGAUAUCUACCCGGACUACGAUGCUAGCUACGAGAGCGCAACCGGAAACAAGCUGAACUUUCGAGAGCUUGAUUUAGUAUCCAGCAGCCUGGCAACCUAUCUCGCUACUUCAUGCCAAGUAUCACCAAAGUCGAUCGUUCCCAUCGCUAUGGAAAAGUCUACUCUCGCCAUCGUCACCAUCUUUGCAAUCCUCAAGACCGGCUCCGCUUACAUCCCACUCGAACCUAGUUGGCCGCUCGAACGUGUUCGAAAAAUCGUGGAUGAUGCGGGCGCUACUAGUAUCGUCUGCUCGCCUGCCAUCGCGGAUCGAUACGGGAGUUUGCAACAACACCUUGUCACGAUUGACGAGCAAUGGACAGACCCAAGACACAUUGAUCCAUCUGAGAGUGUGCUUCCUCAAGCAUCCCCCUACGACUUGGCUGUGUUGAUGUACACAUCCGGGAGCACAGGUAUGCCAAAGGGGGUGAUGCUCGAACAUCGAGCGUUGAGUACAAGCUUGACCCACCUUGCUCGCUGUUUUGCCCUCCAACCCGGCGACCGACACCUUCAGUUCUCGUCGUUCGUCUACGAUGUCAGCAUCUCUGACAUCUUCAUCCCUCUGUUGUCUGGAGUCUGCAUCUGUGUCCCAACCGAUGACGAGCGACUAAAUAGAAUAUCGGAAACGAUACGGAGGAUGAAGAUCAACUCGGCCACUCUUACGCCAUCAAUUACCGGGCUCAUUGCUCUUGAGGAUGCAGGCACACUCAAGACAAUCAUGACUGGUGGUGAAAUGACCAGCCGCGCCCUCAUGGAGACAUGGGCACCGCGGAUACGAUUUCUCAACGCAUACGGACCCACGGAGGCUUCCAUCACUACAACUGUCACGGAUCCUUUGACCGUGGACUCGGAUCCCGGCGUCAUCGGUCGGAAUGUCACUGGGUGGCAUCUCAUUCUUCGGCGUGAUCAACGUGGCCAGCUCUACGAGGCUCCACUGGGCUGCACUGGAGAGAUUGCCAUUGCUGGACACAGUCUUGCCAGGGGAUAUCUCCGCAACAAAGAGCUGACGGAGAAGAGUUUCGUAAACCUUCCAUCUCUGGAGGGAUCGCAACUCCCGUCGCGCGUGUACCUCACCGGAGACAUUGGACAGUACGAGCAGGACGGCUCUGUUCGCAUUCUUGGCCGUCGAGACAGGAUGAUCAAGAUCAACGGAAUCCGUGUCGACCCCGGAGAGGCUGAGGAUCAGCUCCGGAAACUCGGAGAACAGUUCUCUUCAGCAGUGGUUCAGUGUACCGUUGACGACAACAAGGUCUCCAGGCUGACUGCCUUUGUCACCGUCAGCCCCAGCAAGGUCAUAACAAACGAAGGCUUCAUCCUUCCUGAUGAAUGCAACUACAACUUCCGUGAGAUGUGCCACGAAGGACGGUCCCGGUUGCUUGAGCUUCUACCAGUGGCCUACGUCCCCACCAUCUUCGUUCCUGUUCGGUGCAUCCCCUCGACCGCUUCCGACAAGGUAGACCUGAAGCGACUCAGAGACGAGCUACAGAAGCUACCAUUGGCACCCUUCAUCAUUACUUCGGACAACGAGACAGAUGAAGACACGGAAUUCGAUGCGGGCCUAGAGACACCGAUCGAGCUGGUCUUGGAGAACGUUUUCCGCAAAGUCUUCAACAUCACCGGGCGUUUGAGUGCGGCUGCCGACUUCUUCCGGCUGGGCGGUGAUUCAUUCACAGCCAUCAGGCUAGUGAGCGUCGCCAAGGAGAACAACCUGGAGAUUACAGUCCAGCAAAUCUACCGCCACCCACGACUCAGAGACCUGGCAGCUGUCGCGCGGUACAAGAAGGCGACUGUUGUCGACGUCGAGGCUGAGAUUGAGGUGCAGAAAUCGUCUCUUUCGGUCACUGUUUCUCAAGAGGCAUGGAAGGAGAUUGAAGACACAAUUGGGGUCGUCGCCGACGAGAUUGAGGAUGUGUAUCCAGCAUCCCCCUUCCAAGAAGGACUCAUGGCAACCUCUUUAAACGGUGUCAAGGGAGACGAGAAGGCAACCUACCGCGCCAAAAUGGUCUUCCAAUUGGCCAAGGGCACGGAUGCUGCUCUCCUGACACGGGCGAUGGACAAGGUCGCUUCACGGAAUCCGAUCUUACGAACAAGGCUUGUGUCCACAUCCGAGGGACCAGUUCAAGUUGUCGUCAAACACUCAUCAGAUCAAAGCCAACAGAUGAGGAACAAUUCUCUUUUCCAAUACCAGAUCGACACAGACUCCUCUCGGCAUCAUACAAGACUAGUCAUCACCAUGCAUCAUGCCUUGUACGACGCCCCUACACUGCAUCUUCUACUACAGGAUGUCAACCUUUGGUACAGCAAUCCCAUGGGCGCCAAGCCUUUGCCUGUUCCGUACCGAAAGUUCGUCGACUACCUUGAUGCGACAGACUCGGAAUCUGCAAGCCGGUACUGGACAGAGACUCUCCGUGACGCCCCAUUGACUUCCUUCCCGCCAGUGGGGGAGAGCGAAGGCCAGAUAAGAGCAACUGAGCACCUAGAUCUAAGCACAAGAGUAUCUUUAGAUCUCUUUCAGAAGUCCGGAAUCUCCCCUGCCACCUCUGUAGCAGGUGCCUUGGCCCUGCUUCUGUCGUCUUACAGCUUUGCCGACCAAGUCUGCUUUGGCAUGACUCUUUCCGGUCGCGACAACCCUGAACUUGAGGCUGUGAUGGGCCCGACACUGUCAACUGUUCCUAUGCGUGUUCAUGUAUCCCCUGAGCAAUCAACGAGUUCUCUGCUUCAAACUAUACAGAGCUCGAUUUUGGAUAUGCGUCAUCAUCAGCACUUUGGCCUCAAGAACAUUAUGCGGUUGCCAGAGCAAGGUCCCAAAAACGCCAGCCGGUUUAGGACACUACUUGUUGUGCAGCAGGGCCGAAGCAGCGAGGAUGACACCCCUAGAGUCAUUGAGAAGCUGCUGACCAAUGAGUCCUCGAUGUAUGUCGAGUAUCCUCUGGUCAUCAUUGCGCAGAUAAGCUCGACCACAGGAUCAGUCAACUUCAGAGUUGAGUUUGACCCCAACUGUAUCUCAAACAUUCAGGCACGACGGUUCAUUCAGCAGCUGGAAAAGACGAUGGCCGAGCUUUCACUGCCAGAUCGCUCAGUAUCUGAGUUGGAUCUGAUCAGUUCCGCCGAUCUGGUCGAUGUUGCAGCAUGGAACCCUUCUCCUCCCGAGCCCCCCUCUAGGAGCAUCUGCCAAAUAUUUCAAGACGUCGCUUCACGGCAGCCUGACCUGCCUGCCAUGGAAGCUAUCGCAGGCGAGAGACCUGACACUGUCCAACGGACGACGUACAAGGAACUGGAUGACAUUUCUACUGUGCUCUCUAAGUCAAUCAGUCAACAUGCCCCCAAUAGCCCGCGGAUCGUUCUCUGUCAUCACACCCCUUCACUUAUUCUCACGGGUAUGCUGGCGGUCUGGAAAGCCAACAAAUCGUUUACAACUAUGGAUCAUUCCUUACCACUCGAACGCCGUCACGCAAUCCUCUCUGAGUUAGGAGAAGAUACUGUCGUGCUAACAGAUUCUUCCGAAGCCGAGACCUUUACACCUUUCCGCACUUGCAUCCUUGACGAGAUGCUGCAUGAAGCUGAUAGGAGCCACGUUGCGUCGAGCCCUCACAGUCUUUCAGAUCCUGCCUAUGUUUUCUUCACCUCUGGGAGUUCCGGUACACCCAAGGGAGUUGUGGUAAGGCACUCGGCCAUUGCUUUGUCUCUAUCAGAUGUCAGUGCAACAAUGGGGCUGGGCAAGACAACCAGGAUGCUUCAGUUUGCAACUUGCACAUUUGACACAAGCCUACUGGAAAUUUUCGCGACUUUGAUUGCCGGGGGUUGUGUUUGUCUUCCUGCACCGAGUCAACGUCUUGAUGGAAACCUUGGCCACGCCAUCAACCAACUGCGAGCGAGCCAUCUCGUUCUCACGCCGACCGUCGCCGGGCUUCUCUCGCCACAAGAGCUCACCGGCGUUCAAUCACUGAUGCUCGUUGGAGAGCCCCCUUCAAAGCAACUCAUCGAGACUUGGUCUGAGAGUUCCAUCAACGUGAUGAACGGCUACGGUCCAACGGAAGCCAGUGUUCACACGUCGACGAACCUCUCAUUGCAACUUGGAGACCCACACAACAUUGGUCAAGCAACGGCUUGUAACCUUCUUCUUGUGGUGCCUGAUGAGCCCAGCAAGCUCGCCCCCAUCGGAGCCGUUGGAGAAUUGGUCAUCUGCGGAAAGACGGUGGCGGAUGGUUACCUCAACAACCCUGAGCAUACGAGAGAAGUCUUUGGAACCAAGCCUCCAUGGGCUAUCUGGGCGGAUUCUGCAUCUGAGACUCGUUAUUAUCGCACGGGUGACCUGGCACGUUAUGCCGCAGAUGGGUCCAUCAUCUACAUGGGUCGGAAGGACCUGCAGAUCAAGAUCCAUGGGCAGCGUCUUGAACUCGCCGAGAUCGAGUCUCACAUCAGGAGAUCGGGCCAAUUCACAGACUGUGUGGUGGAAGUGCUGCCCUCCGCAACACUCGUGGCGUUUGUUCUCACCGGCGAGCUUGGAACAGGCGUCUACAAGGGUCCUCUGCCAGUAGGACAAAUCGACGAGGCAGCUUUGAGUCAGACACAGAGCCGCCUGCGUUCAGCUCUUCCGGAGUACAUGGUUCCCACUGUCUACGUCCCCUGCACGAGCUGGCCCACAACGGCAUCAGGAAAGAUUGACCGUCGACGACUGCGUGCUGAUGUCGAGUCUUCAUUGGACAGCUACAGAUUCCAGCAAAAGGGGCCAAAGAGAGGCGCUGAGACAGCAGAGCAAAGGGCCUUGUUUUCGAUCAUCGCCGAGGUCAUGUCGAUCGCGGAAGACAAGAUUGGCCUGGACGACUCCCUCUCCUCGUUGGGUGGUGACUCAAUCACCAUGAUUCGCAUACUUGCACUUGCUCGGCAGCGCAACUUGGACAUUGAUAGAACCAAGAUUUUUCAGUCGACUACGCUCAAGGAAAUGGCCAAGAGUUCAAGUUCACAACGUUUGGCGCCCACUAGUGAGGGUAUCGCUGCCCCCCCACCAUUCUCCUUGGUUCCUUGGGUGGAACAGGAUGCCCUCCGUUCCAAGGCUGCCACACAGUGCCAUGUUCCCAUCGAGUCUGUUUUGGACGUGUAUCCCUGCACUGCCAUCCAAGAAUCCCUCAUGAUCGCAUCCGCCAAGACACGGGGUGCCUUCCUCAACCAAGAGGUGUUCCGACUACCCUCUAAGGUAUCAAUCGACAACCUCCUCCAAGCUCUUCAAACACUGUGGCGCCGCCAUGACAUUCUACGAACUCGAAUAGUCUUGGACUCGGACUAUCGGGGCUUGCAGGUUGUCAUUAGGGAAAAUGUUGACGUGUGUCAAACCUACUCGGAGAGCAUUGACGAUUUCCUACGGGAGGAUAGUCUCACAGCCUCUGAGUACAGUGCAAAGCUUUCUCGGUGUGCAAUCAUUACUUCUGAGUCCUCUUCAUAUCUGGUCCUGUCUCAGCAUCAUGCAGUCUUUGACGGCUGGUCUAUGGGUCUUCUCAAGGACGAGGUACAGAAGCUGUAUCGCGACCCAGAGACCCAGCUACCACCCACCCUACCAUAUGCCCUUUUCGUCCGCCACUCCCUGGACGUCUACAACAGCACCGAAGCUCACCGAUUCUGGGGAGCUCAACUCGCCGAUGUCCAGGUUGGAUCAUUGCCCCAAGUGCGACCCAACGAGACGUUUGCUGCCAAUCGAAAGCACGCCCUCACAGUUGACUUCACCAACAAGUCUCUACACACACUAUCAACUCUGGCGGAAGCUGCCUGGGGUGUGCUUCUAGGGCGAUACUUUGACUCUGAAGAUGUCUGCUUCGGUAUCGUUCGGUCUGGACGAACGGUCCCUGUUUUGGGAAUUGACACGCUCAUUGGUCCUACUCUUGCAACCAUCCCCCGUCGCUUGCGCCCAGCCCGGGAGCAGGAAGUCCAAUCUUAUUUGCACCAAGUCCAGGGCGAGGCCAUCCAAUCCAUGCCAUGGGAGCAGUACGGUCUAUCAAAUAUCCGCAAGAUCGACGACAAUUCCUUGCAGGCCUGCAAGUUCAGCUCGAUGCUCGUCGUUCAACCACCGGUCGCCGAGGACGAGGCAGCAUUGCUGAUACCCGAGGACCACUUGGCCAAGGGCUUCAUCGAUUCGGACUGUGUAAUCGUCGAUUGUCGACCGACUGGAGACGGUGAAGUUACAGUCACAAUCAUAUAUGAUGACCGUCUCAUGUCCAACGACGAUGCCCAGUGGGUUGCGUACCACUUCUCUCAGACGCUUGAGCAAUUGAGCUCGGGUAAAAACACUACGAUUGAACACUUGAACCUCUCUGGACAACAGAGGCUGGAUCAAGAAUUCGAGUGGAACAGCACCGAGAUUGACGCCUGUCACCGACUUGUCGAUGAGAUUUUCAGCGAGAGAGCAUCUCAAUGGGCAGACUUACUCGCGGUUGAGGGCCCUGAUGCGAGCCUCUCGUAUCAGCAGUUGGAUGCCUUGUCUUCUGUCGGGGCAUCCAAGCUUCGGUCAGAGCACGGCGUACGUCGUGGGAAUCUCGUGCCGCUAUUGAUGAGCAAAGGCGCGGCCAUGGUUGUCGCGAUGUUUUCCGUCUUGAAGGCUGGAGCAGCUUAUGUCCCUCUUCCCCCAGACGUUCCGCUUGAUCGUCUACGCUUCAUCACUGGGGAAACUGGUGCCCAGUUGGUCGUGACCACGGCCAAUUACGACCAUUUGGCACAGGACUUGUCACUCCCGGCCGUCACUUGGGACGUUGCGCAGCUCAAGAAGCAAUCUUCUCAAGUGUCCGCCAGGGGCAUCGAUGAAGAGGACGGCAAUGAUUCUCGCUCCUGUUCAGAUCUCGCCUAUCUACUCUUUACUUCUGGCAGCUCGGGAACACCAAAGGGAGUCAUGAUUGAGCACUCGGCUUUGGCAACAACGGCGCUCGUGAAUGGCCGCCAUCACACAGCCUACCAAGUGGGGACACGCACCCUGUCUUUCGCCGCCUACACGUUCGAUGUCAAUGUGAUUGAGGUCUACAUGACACUACUUCACGGAGGUUGUCUCUUCAUCCCACCCGACGAUCGGCGACUCGGGGACCUCUGCGGCUACAUCAACGAGAAACAGAUCGAGUUCGCCUACCUGACUCCGACCACGAUCCAAAACUUGGUUCAGUCACCAAGCCGUGUGCCAUCAAUCAAGGCAUUGCGGGCCGGCGGUGAGCCUCUGUCCAAGUCAAUCAUGGAGACAUGGAGCCAGAGUGUUCGGCUCAUCAACUCGUACGGCCCAACUGAGACGUGUGUCGAUGCGAGCCAAAACCCAAAGGUCACGCCCAACAGCGAUCCCAAUAAUAUUGGGUUUGCUAUUGGAGCUUACCUUUGGGUCGUCAACCGAGGUGACUACACGUCCCUCGCACCUAUUGGAUGUCCGGGAGAACUUCUGAUCUCUGGGCCUACCCUAGGCAGGGGAUAUUUCAAGGAUGAGGAACGCACACAAGCAGCAUUCAUCGAUGGGACCAACUUGCCAUGGGCGAAGCCGGGAUAUGAGCGGUUCUAUGCCACAGGAGAUAUUGUCCAGCGGAAUGCCGACGGGUCCAUCACAUACAUUGGCAGAAGAGAUCUCCAAGUCAAACUCAACGGUUUCCGCAUUGAACUCGGCGAGAUCGAGCACAACAUUGAACAAUGCCCAUCCGUGGCCUCUGCCGUGGUUGACAAGAUCACACUGCAAGGCGAUGGCCCCGAUGCUCUUGUGGCUUUCUUUACUUUGGCUGGGGAAGAGGCUCGCCAGGAGGAGCUUCUUCUGCCUGUGUCUUCCAAGAUGCGCGCCACCAUUCAAGACGUCCAGACACGCCUUGAGGGCAAACUGCCCCCCUACAUGGUUCCACGAGCCUAUUUGCCGCUUUCGCGUAUUCCGCCUACCCUAAGCGGGAAGACGGAUCGAAAGUUGCUGCAACAACUGGGGGCUCAACUAGCUCCAGAUCAGAUGCUUCAGUAUCAAGGCUCAGCGAGCGUCAUUCGGGAGCCGUCAACAGUCUUUGAACGAAUCUUGCAAGGCCUCUGGGCUCAAGUCCUCAAGGUCGAUCCCAAGCAUCUGGGGCUGGAUACCCAGUUCACUCGAGUCGGUGGAGACUCGCUUCAUGCCAUCAGCCUGGCUUCGCUAUGCCGGGGUGUCGGGCUGAAGCUCGAGGUCGCUGACAUUCUGCGCAUGCCUCAACUGGAGCAGAUGGCUGGUCAUUUGGAACGCAACCAGUCAAAGCCAAAUGCUGUCGAGCGAAUAGAGAAGAGUCAGGCCGAUUUGAGGCAAGAGUGUGAUCCCGAACUGAAGGCUCAAGUCUCACAGGCCUGCAAUCUCUCUCUUAGCGACAUUGAAGAUGUGUAUCCAUGUACACCAACUCAAGAAGCACUCAUGGCCUCGACAGUGAGGCAGCCCGGAGCGUACAUCGAUCACAGCAUGUUCUCUAUUUCCUCAUCCACGGAUGUCCACAAACUUCGAGCCUCGUGGGACAUUGUUCAUCAGUCCAACCCCAUCCUCCGGACCCGGAUCUGUUCCGCAGUGAUGGGCGAUCGCGUCCAAAUGGUGCAAGUCGUGACGCGCUGCCCAAGCGAAUGGAUCGACUCCGAUAGCGAAUCCUUGGAGAUGGGACUUGGAACGUCCUUGAUGAGGUUCAGACUUCGACCUUCUGAGCAGGGCUUCAUCUUUGAGUUUUGGAGACAUCACUCCAUCUUUGACGGCUUCUCCUCUAAAGCACUCUGGCAAGAUCUUGAGCACGCGUUCACAUCAUCUACGCCGCCCAAAGCCAGGCCUUCUUACCGCAACUUUGUCAAUUUUGUGCAAGGGGAGGAUGAUGAAGAGGCUGCCUCUUUCUGGCAAACCCAGCUUGAAGGUCACCAACGAGAGGCCUUCCCUGCACUUCCCUCUCCGGACUACGCGCCUGAGGCCCAUUCAGCGACAAGCCAAACACUGGAGAACACUCUAAGCUGGACUUCCGACUGUCCAUUUUCCUUCGCGACCGUUGCCCGGGCAGCCUGGGCUGUCAUUCUCGGCAUGAGAAGCCGCACCUCGGAUGCAAACAAGGACAUCUGCUUUGCUGCCACAGUCUCUGGUCGUACUGCUCCCUUGGAAGGCAUUGAAGACAUUGUUGGUCCGACCAUCACCACCACACCCGUGCGAUUGCAGUUCAACCUCGACGACACUGUUUCUGGCCUGCUGGAGCAUGUUCACCAUCAGUCCUUGUCGAUGCUUCCUUUCGAGCAUUUCGGCCCGGGUCGCAUCCGAGACAUCAGCUCUUCGGCCCGUGACGCCUGCGCGAGCGUGAAUCUGUUGGUCGUGCAGCCAAGUCAGCUUGCAGAUGGAACUCUACCUCUUGGCUUGCAACGGAUGGUUGAAGAAGAGGCUGUUGAUGGUCUCAGCGAACCAUUUGGCCUCGUCAUGGAGUGCAGUCACAACCCAACCAUUGAUCAACUUACUGUCUCGGCUGCCUACGAUGGCUCGCUGCUGACAGCGCCUGAAGUAGGCCACAUUCUACAGCAGUUCCAACAGAUGAUUGCUAUGUUGCAUCGUGGUGCUUGUGGAGCCUCAUCCAUCCGAUCCGCUCUGUGGGAACUUGCGGAAGGGUUCGAUCUUGAGAGGACCAUCCAGUGGAACUCAUCCGGAGACACAUCGCACCCAACACAGCUUCACAAGCUGGUUGAAGAAACCGCCAACCGGUACCCCGAUCAGAUAGCCGUUGACUGUCACGAUGGGCAGAUGUCAUACGCGGAGCUUAUCGCGGCCUCGGAAGCUCUAGCGCUCAUCCUACAAGACAACUAUGGCGUGAGACCAGGUCACCUCGUGCCCAUCUGCACGGAAAAGUCACGUUUCAUGAUCAUUGCCAUUCUCGCCGUCAUGAAAGCUGGAGCAGGCUACGUUCCGCUCGACACGAACCAUCCCGAGGCACGCACAGAGCUGAUUCUCAACGAGAUUCAGGCCAAUUUGGUCAUCGUGUCUCCCCUGCAGGCUGGCCGCAAGCAAUUCCCAGUGCAAACACUAGUGGUCAGCCCGGAGCAUCUACAGGCUCGAGAUACAGCUACUGAGCUGCGCAUUUCUUCUCCCGAUGACAUUGCCUAUGUCAUCUUCACUUCAGGCAGUACCGGUACCCCCAAAGGUGUUGUCAUGGAACAGAAGGCCGCAAGCCGGAGCAUUCUUGAGCAUGCGCAGCGCUAUCAGCACGCCAGUCAAGGCACACGGCGCCGCUCUCUGCAGUUCAGCUCCUACACAUUUGAUGCGAGUGUGGUGGACAUUUUUGCUGUCCUCGCAUCUGGAGGCUGCGUCUGCAUCCCGUCUGAGACCCAGGGCGUCGAUGUUCUCGAGAGCUUUGUUCAACAAAAGCAGAUUAACUUUGCUGAUCUCACUCCGACUGUCGCUAAUCUGCUGGAACCCUCCAACAUGCCCAGCCUAAAGACCCUCGCUGUUGGAGGCGAGAUGACCAAUCGUGCGCUGCUGCGCAAAUGGACGGGGCCCGACUCACCAGUUGAACUCAUGCUCAACGCCUACGGCCCCACUGAAGCUGGCAUUGCAUGCGCCAUGGGCCACCUCACGGCGACUUCAGCAGUUGGCCAAGUUGGGAAGCGAUUGGCCGCUGGACUCUGGAUUGUUGAUGACUUUGACCACAAUCACCUCGUCCCUAUCGGUUCCGUGGGAGAGCUUGUGGUGACGGGCUCGACUCUUGCUCGCGGUUAUCUGAAUGACCCAGAGAAAACAAGCGCAGUGUUCCUGGACAAUGUGGCCUGGCUGUCCAAGGUGGGCGAGCAGCGGCUCUACAAGACGGGUGAUCUUGCCCGGUUCGAUGUCGACGGGCUUGUUGAGAUCGUUGGCAGACGAGAAGACAUGCAGAUCAAGUUCCGGGGACUCAGAAUCGAGCUGGGCGAGAUUGAGACAGCGAUUGGUGCCUCGUCUUGGGCGAAGCGCAUCCGGCGUGUCGCUGUUGCCAAGAUGCAUCGCGAUGAGGUUCCGAUUUUGGCAGCCUUUGUCCAACUCGACACUGUCCAAGCAGAUCCUACCGAGUCCAUCCUUGGCUCGCCAUCAGAAGAGUUCCUUUCCUUCGUUUCAGUCAUUCAACAGGAUCUUCUCAAGCAACUACCAGAGUACAUGGUGCCACAGCUCUGGCUUCCUGUCUUCAACUGGCCACUGAUGGCAUCAAGCAAGACGGACCGCAAGAAACUCGUUGCUGAGGCUGAAGGCCUCACUUCGAAGCAUACAUCUGAAUACCAACGAGUUCCCUCCACCAAGACCCAAAGCGCACCCUCGACAAAGCUUCACGAGACAGAAGAGGCGAUCAAGGAGGCAUGGCUUCAAGUCUUACACAAGGAUGCUGACUUUGACGUUCAACCUCAAGAUGACUUCUUCAGACUUGGAGGAGACUCGUUGACGGCCAUCAUGCUCGUUGCCGUCCUGCGGCGCAGCGGUAUCUAUAUCGCCGCCCAAGAUGUGUUUGCUGAGAAGACUCUUGCCGGUAUGGCUGCUCGCUGCCGUGGAGUUACUACACCCCGGCGAAAUGCUUCAGAGAGUCCCGAUAGGUCUCCUUCCACACCUCAGUCCUCCCUCAAGACCCCUCUCACGGAUGACUCCUCCGACGUCUCUCCUUCAUCACUAGACACAUCACAUGAUGUCUGGUCCCGCAAAUUGAUGAAGCAUUCCAACCUCAAGCCAAGACCUGACCGACUCACAGUCGAGCUAGGAGUUUCCGAGGUGGAGGCCAUCUACCCAGCAUCUGACACCCAGACGGCGUUCCUGCUAGAAGCACAAAAAUGGCCACGCUCGUACUACGCAUGGACAUUCUUCGAGUUGGACGACUGCGUUGCACCGAGCCAUGUCCAAGCCGCUUGUCAGACAUUAGUCGACCGUCAUCCCAUUUUGAGAACCAGCUUCCAUCUCAAACACGACCGAUGCUUCCAGGCAGUACACACCACAGGAUCCAGGGCUGACUUCAAGGUCAUGAUGUCACAGGGCCUACCAGAUGAAAUGUGCUCCGUCAUUGACAAGGACGUCGAUCAACCUGUUCGAUUCGGACAGAUCCCCACGCGGUUCAGACUCUUGAUCGACCCUGAGAGUGGGCUUCGAACAAUCGCCAUGGGCUUGUCUCAUGCUCAAUACGAUGGCUUCUCUCUCACAACCAUCUUCAACGACCUCCGGUCAGCCUACUGCGGUCUUCUUGCUGGACCUACUGCCUCUCCAGGCUACCACCGUUUCAUCCAACAUACGCUCGAGCUUUCCAACGAAACGACGGGCACCUUCUGGCGGGAGCUGCUACUUGACUCCACUUUGACCAUGGUUUCUGACCUGCCCCUGUCAACUCAACAGCCUGUCAUGAGUGAUAGUUGGAUGCAGACCGUCCCCUUCCAGUUCAAAAAGCCCCAUCACGCAACUUACAAUUACGGAACGCUGCUGAAGGCUGCAUGGGCCCUCACACUCUCCUCUUUCUCUGGAUCAACUGAUGUGGCAUUCUGGAAUCUUGUUUCCGGUCGCUUCGCGCCAUUUGAGGGCGCGCAAGAGGUGAUCGGGCCCUGCAUCAACUUUGUCCCCGUUCGAGUCCAGUUCAACGCCAGCCAGCUCGUGUCAGAUCUUGUGGUCAAUAUCCACGAACAGCAAAUCCAGAGCAUUCCAUUUGAGGCUACACCAACCAACCGCAUCAUCGAGCAGGCUCAGUGGCCCAAAUCUUCCUCCAGCCUUGGCACAAUCUUCCAGUACCAGAAUAUUCCGGACCCCAAGGAGCCUACGGUUGAGGCUAGCACACCUUGGACAGUCAAGGGGGGUGCCGUCUAUGGCGGAGGCCUUUUGCAGUCCGGGGCAUGCUGGUUGUUGGCAUGGCCAGAGAAAGAUGGACAAGCGUCAUUCCGAUUCACCUACAGUCCCCAGACACUCUCGUCCUCCGCCGCAAAGUCUCUCGUAGAAACAUAUCUGAGUCUUGUUCAUGCCAUCAAUGAGCUACCCGAACAGACGGUGGCUUCUAUCCUGCGUCCCACAACCAACACAUUGUCAGCUCAAGCACCUGAGCCCCUUCAAGCACAACCCUCAUCCACAGAGAUUACAGGCGCAGCACGGUCCCUAUCGGCUCAGAUUGAGUCCUUCUGGAAAGAGAUUCUUGAGAUAUCACACCCCAUCGAUCUCGAUCAAUCGAUCUUUGACUUGGGUGGAGAUUCUCUGAAGGCGGCUGAGCUGGCAGGCCAUUGCGAAAAGGCGGGCUUCGACUUGAGGAUGCAGGAUGUUCUCGAUUUUCCCACACUUCGCCUUCAGACACUUCUUCUGUUGGGUCAUGCCUCGCGUCCAGAACGCACCAUAGAGAUACUGCACAUCUAA